UCCGAGAUCCCGCAUCCUCCGCUCCCCUCCAACCCCGUCCACGCGCCCACGCGUCGGCCACACCGCUCGCGCGCUCCACCCAACGGCCCAGGAACCAGCCCACGCCGCGCCGCGCCACACCGUCUCGUCGUCCUCCGCCGAUCGGAUGGAUCGCCCCCGUAUUUAAAUGCUCCCUUCUCCCUCGCUUUAAUUAAAAGCGAAAGCUCCUCGCAAGAAUCGGAUAAGCUCGAUCGAUAUGGUUGAACUGACCCACGAGAUGGACGAGGCGGAGCUGCUGCUGCUCGACCGUAGCAGGGCGAUCACCGUGCGGGGCCACGACAAGCGGGGCCGCGCCGUCGUCAGGAUCGUCGGCAAGUACUUUCCCGCGCGCGCUCUGGGCGGCCGGGCGGAGGCGGCGCUGAUGGGUUACGUGCGGCGGCGCGUGCUCCCGGAGAUCGGGGAGCGGGAGUUCGUGGUCGUGUACGCCCACUCCCUCGUGGACCGCGGUGAGAAUUUCCCCGGCGUCGCCGCGAUACGCGCGGCGUACGGGUCGCUGCCGGCGGAGGCCAAGGAGCGGCUGCGCGCCGUGUACUUCGUGCACCCGGGGCUCCAGGCCCGGCUCUUCUUCGCCACCCUGGGGCGCUUCCUCUUCAGCUCCGGGCUGUACGAGAAGCUGAAGUACAUGAGCAGGCUCGAGUACCUGUGGGAGCACGUGAGCAAGGGGGAGCUGGAGGUCCCGGAGUGCGCGCGCCGGCACGACGAGGAGCUCGAGCGCCGGCCGCUGAUGGACUACGGCAUCGAGGCUGCUGACCGCCGGUGCAUGUUCGACGCUGCGUCCAUGGACACCUCGGCGUCCCUGCACUCGCUCCGGUGCAUCUCGUAAUCGUAGCCGGCCGCAGCUGGCGUCGUAAUCGUAGACUCGUAGCUAGCGAAGUACCUGUUGUAGUUACAAGCCAUCUUGCUCUUUGUUGAAUCUGUACAAAUUAGUAGUAUUAGUGGGCCUAACAAAGAUACUUACUCAACAGUACUCCGUAUAAUAAAGAGGUGGAGUUCGAAAUGUUUUUCGGCAUGUUA